GCCACCCACUUCGACCGCGGUCUCCCGAUUUCCCUCCUUGCUCCUCUCGUUGGUUCGGUUGUUCGGUUAAGUCGGGUUCCGUUCGGAUUGAACCGAUUGGAAUCCCUCAACCCGACCCCAAUCGGGUCUCGUCGUCUUCUUCCCCUCGUUAAACCCUGACAUCCCCCAAGUCGCUGCCCCCCUUAAACCCUACUUAGAGCUAUUGUUUUGAUGACGAAUUGAACCCUAGAGCUGUAAUUUCAGCUGUUUUGACGGAGAGAAGAUUGAAGAAGACGGAAAAAAUGGAGCUUGAUGCGUUAAUGGACCCAAUGGACAUGAAGGUGAAUGAGCUGCUCGAGGAGGUCCAGGUCGACUACUCUCCCUCCUUCACGAAGCUCGUCGACGACACCGUUUCCGCCAUCCGAGACGCCCUUGGCAAAAUCCCAGAUGACUUGCAGGUUACUGCAGAGUUGGCUCCGGGCUUUGUGAGGGACAUUGGGGCGGACAAAGUUGAGUUCAAGUUUAAGAAACCUCAGUCUUUGCAAAUUGGUGGGAGUUAUGCCAUACAAGGGAUUGCAAAGCCUAAUGUAAAUGUGGACCUUAUGUUACGUAUGCCAAAGGACUGCUUUCUCAAGACGGAUUAUUUGGACUACCGGUAUUUUGCCAAGAGAUGCUUGUAUAUCUGUGUAAUCAAGAAGUACCUGAAAUUGUCACAACUAUUUAGUAACGUUGAAUGGUCUGCCUUACAAAAUGAGGCCCGAAAACCUAUAUUAGUUGUCUAUCCAGCCGUUAAGCUGGCUGAAGUUCCUGGUUUUUCUGUGAGAAUUAUUCCUACAGCUACAUCCGUGUUUGACAGUUCCAAGUUGAACCUGAAGCGCAAUAACGUCCGGUCUCUUUGUGAAGAGGGCAUUUUCCAAGCAUCACCUCGUUACAAUAGUAGCAUACUUGAAGAUAUGUUCAUGGAGGAGAAUGUAGAAUUUGUGAAUAGAACUUUUCGUGAAUGGAAGAGCUUGAGAGAUGCGCUAAUUUUGCUUAAGGCGUGGGCUCGUCAGAGAAGUUCCUUGUACAUGCACGAUAGUCUAAAUGGAUUUCUAAUCUCUAUAAUUUUAUCAUACUUGGCCAAUCAUGAAAAGAUUAACAAAUCAAUGAAGGCCAUGCAGAUUUUUCGUGUUACUCUUGUCUUCAUUGCUACCUCAAAAUUGUGGAAACGUGGGCUUUACUUUCAAGCACUUGGGGAGAACGGUAUCCCGAAGGAGGAAAGGACACAAAUUGUGGAUCUUUUCCCGGUAGUGAUUUGCAAUGCAUCUGCUCCGUUUAAUAUAGCUUUUCGUGUAUCGGAGAAUGGAUUUCUGGAGCUUCAAGAGGAGACUGCUUUGACUCUUACAUGCAUGGAGAAGUGCAGAGAUGGUGGUUUUGAGGAAUAUCUUAUGAUGAAGUUGGAUUACCCUGCUAAGUUUGAUCUUUGCAUAAGGCUUAAUUUGAGGGGACACAAGGAGGUUUAUGCAUCAGGAGUUUGCUUAGACAGUGAAUGUUGGAGAAUGUACGAAGAGAAAGUUCAUGAGGUUCUACGCCAUGGACUGGGGGACAGAGCAAAAAUGAUUCGUGUUACCUGGAGAAAUACCCUGCUGGAAUACAGUAUAGAAAAUGGUCUAUCCACACUUGGUGCGGAGCCAUUAUUUGUUGGAGUUUCAUUGAAUUCGGUGGAAAAAGCCUUUAGGGUGGUUGAUAUUGGUCCACAUGCUGAAAACAAAGAGGAGGCUCUCAAAUUCCGAACAUUCUGGGGUGAGAAGGCUGAGUUGCGAAGAUUCAAAGAUGGGACAAUUGCAGAGAGCACAGUGUGGGAAAGUGAACCAUGGACAAGACAUCUCAUUGUAAAAAGGAUCACUGAAUAUGUACUUUCUCGGCAUCUCUCUCUCUCGAAAGAUGAUAUAAUACCAUUUAUGGAUCAACUGGAUUUUGCACUGCUUUAUGGAGUUCAAGAUCCGAUUUCAUAUUCUGGAACUUUAACGCAAGCAUUCGAAAUUUUAUCCAAGCGCUUGCGUAAUAUUGAAGAUAUACCUUUGAAGGUAUCCAGUGUGCAGCCUCUAAAUUCAGCAUUCAGGUUCACUUCUGCCUCUCCUCCCGAACCUCAUCCACUGAUUAUUGAGAACGGCAAGCUUCCAAGGAAGUUAAAGCUUGUUCCCUCCUACAUUCAGCCGCUAGAGGUUAUGAUUCAGUUGGAAGGUUCUGGGAACUGGCCAAUGGAUGACGUAGCAAUUGAGAAAACGAAAACUGCUUUUCUUCUUCAAAUUGGGGAGAGCCUCCAAAAUAACUAUGGGAUGACGUGCAUUGCGACGGAAGAAGAUGUAGAUAUUUUAGUGUCUGGAUUUGCUUUUCGUCUUAAAAUUUUGCAUGAAAAGGGGCUGAGCUUGUUGAACCGCGAAGUAGCAGGUAAUCAAGCGAAGAAGAUUUCAUCUACAGACAAGGCACUUUUCAUUCGCGGCCAGCAUGCUAGUAUGAUUAAUGGCUUGCUACAACGUCAGCCCAUUUACGGGCCUAUUGUUAGACUUGCAAAAAGAUGGUUUGCCUCGCAUCUCUUUUCAGCUUGCCUUGUAGAAGAGGCAGUUGAGCUGUUGGUGGCUUAUCUCUUUUUGAAGCCAUUCCCAUUUUCUGCUCCCUGCUCACGGAUCACUGGCUUCUUGAGGUUCCUAAGACUACUAGCCGACUACAACUGGAUGUUCUCUCCAUUGAUUGUUGACAUAAAUAAUGACUUGACACAAGAAGAUGAGAAAGAAAUAAAUGAGAAAUUCUUCCUAAGCAGAAGAGUCUAUGAGGAGAAUCCACAGGCUGUGGAACCCGCAAUGUUUAUAGCUACUGUAUAUGACAAGGCAUCAGAAGCUUGGACUGGAUCAUCUCCUAAUUCUGCGGAUCUAAAGAGGAUGGCGGCCUAUGCAAGAAGCAGCGCAAACCUGUUGUCAAAGCUUGUAUUGCAGGAGCAGCAUGAUGAUUACAGAUGGGAGUGUCUUUUCAGGACUCCUUUGAACAACUACGAUGCUGUGAUCCUUCUUCAUCGGGAUCGGUUACCUUACCCCCAACGCCUGCUCUUUCCAUCUGAACUCCACCAAGGUAGACACGUUGCUCAGGGGAAUGCUAGCAAGGCCUUUCACCCCUUCCUUCAACCAUUGGACUUGAAGGGGAGCUUGGAGGAAAUCAAGAACCAGGUUAUGGUGGACUUUGAUCCCCUGAGGUGCUUUCUGCGAGAUCUGGAGAGAGACUUCCAUGAUAUGUUCAAGAUGUGGUAUGAUUCUUUGGGAGGCGACGCAAUUGGGCUCACUUGGCAGAAAGCUUCUUCAAAGAAACGGGGGCGACAAGAGGAGGAUGAGGGAAUUAAAGCACCAGUCGAUCUGCUCAAGACUGUUGGUGAGCUCGGGAAGGGCCUUGUGAGGAGCGUAUAUUUUCUCAAGGCACCAAGGCUCAUGAAUUAGAAUGUCUUUGAUAUCUCAAACCUUUUCGAGCCAAAUCCGGGCUGACUAACAGCUUUUGUGCUGUAUUGGCUGCUCGCAUCGUUUCCCUGCUGCACGGUGUUCGAGACGGUCGAGUGAGAUGGGAAAAUCUAACUUGUACUUUCUGCGGUUUUGUUCUUCCAAUUUUGUUUUACGUGUAAAUUUACUUCGAGUCAAGUUUUAUUUAGCAUAAAAUGUAACACUGACGAAAGCAAGUGCGAUGCAAUUUUCCUGUAAGCAUUCACUUGCAAGACUUAGCAAAAAGGGGGCUGUGUCAUUGUGUUGUGAGCUUGUGGUCUGCUUAGGUGAAUUUCAAUUAAUCCAAUGGUUAUAUGCAAUUGUCACGGUUGUGUC